AACCUGCCAAGUGCCACCUUUGCUUCCACCCAAAGCUAAAAUCCCUUCUAUGAGUGCCCACAUAAUGUCCUCUUGAUACAGAUAUAUAACAAUCCUUUUUAAAGAACUAACCACGAGAUUUUCUUCUCAAUAAAUGUUAAUUUCAAGUCAAUUCUCACGUUGAUCAAAACGAAAUCUUCACAUCAAGCAAGAACCACAAUAUCUUCUAAGUUCUAAGCACUUGUUGAGACAACAAAAGACAAACUCCUUGAUAUUACAGUCAUACCCCUCCAUAGGCCCCCCUAUAUAAACCUCACCACCACCACCAACAAUUCUAUUCAAUUACUUCACUCCCACACACUUACAUCUCCUUCAGUUUCUUAGUUCUGUUGUUUCUGUUCCGGGUUAGUGUGUAAAUUACAAGGAAAUUAAGAUGCAAUAUCAUCAGGCUGAGUCAUGGGGUUACCAUGUGCCAACGAGGACCUGCAUGGCAUCAGACCCAUUGGAGAAGGUUGCGAGGCUGGCAUCGGAGAGUGCUGUUGUGGUAUUUAGUAUCAGCAGCUGUUGCAUGUGUCAUGCCGUGAAGAGACUCUUUUGUGGGAUGGGUGUGAACCCAACUGUUUAUGAGCUCGACCAUGACCCAAGAGGGGAAGAGAUUGAGAAGGCAUUAAUGAGGCUGCUUGGGAAUUCAACUUCUGUGCCUGUUGUAUUCAUUGGAGGGAAGUUAAUUGGUGCCAUGGAACGAGUCAUGGCUUCCCAUAUCAGUGGAACUCUCGUGCCCCUCCUCAAGGAAGCUGGAGCACUCUGGCUUUGAUUUUGAUCAUCGAUCAACAAAGUUAACAUCACAAACUGGGUCCAAAACAUGGAAAUUAUCAUUACAAGGAAAAAAGAGGAGAUUAGUUUAUUUUUAAUUUCUAAUUAACGUUUUCUUUUCAAUUUUCUAGGACGUACAUUAGCUAGUUGUCUUAGUUGCAGCUCUCCAGUCUAAGAAUAUUAUAAUCAUCAAAGCUUAUAUUGUGAUGCUUUUCUAACUAUGUCAUGGAAUGGAAUGGAUGUUCAAUGAAGAAAUUAAUGUGAUUGGCCACUCUUCUUUGUAUGAAGAAUGUCCUUUUCUUUCC